CCCUUCUGGCCAGGGUCGCGGCCGGAGGCCCGCAGAGCGCAUGCUCGGGGCAGUUCACCGCCGGCCGCCGAGCGCCGGAGUUGCUUGUGGCCGCCCUGUCCCGAGGACAAGAAGAUGCCACCCAAGCGCAUAGCUAAGAGAAGGUCACCCCCAGAAGAUGCCAUCCCCAAAAGCAAGAAGGUGAAAGACACUCGUAAUCGCGGUCCUGCUACUCGCUCGUGCCAAGUCUCACACAGGUCCCACAACACAGAACCAGGCUUGGUGCUGACACUGGGCCAGGGCGACGUGGGCCAGCUGGGGCUGGGUGAAAGUGUGCUGGAGAGGAAGAAGCCGGCCUUGGUGCCCCUUCUGCAGGAUGUUGUGCAGGCUGAGGCCGGGGGCAUGCAUACUGUGUGUCUGAGCCAAAGUGGCCAGGUCUACUCCUUUGGCUGCAAUGACGAGGGUGCCCUGGGAAGGGACACUUCAGUCGAAGGCUCAGAAAUGGUCCCUGGGAAAGUGGAACUGCAAGAGAAAGUGGUGCAAGUGUCAGCGGGGGACAGUCACACAGCAGCCCUCACCGAAGACGGCCGUGUCUUCCUUUGGGGCUCUUUCCGGGACAAUAAUGGUGUGAUCGGGUUGUUGGAGCCCAUGAAGAAGAGCAUGGUACCUGUUCAAGUGCAGCUGGAUGCGCCCGUGGUAAAGGUGGCCUCGGGGAACGACCACUUGGUGAUGCUCACGAACGAUGGCGACCUCUACACCUUGGGUUGUGGGGAGCAAGGUCAGCUGGGCCGUGUACCUGAAUUAUUUGCCAACCGAGGUGGCCGUCAGGGCCUUGGGCGACUCCUGGUCCCCAGAUGUGUGCUGCUGAAAUCCAGGGGGACCCGGGGCCGUGUGCGGUUCCAGGAUGCCUUCUGUGGCGCCUAUUUCACUUUUGCCAUCUCCCGAGAGGGCCACGUGUAUGGCUUUGGCCUCUCCAACUAUCACCAGCUCGGGACUCCAGGCACUGGAUCUUGCUUCAUUCCUCAAAACUUGACAUCCUUCAAGAAUUCCACCAAGUCCUGGGUAGGCUUCUCCGGUGGCCAGCAUCACACAGUCUGCAUGGAUUCGGAAGGGAAGGCGUACAGCCUGGGCCGGGCUGAGUACGGGCGCCUGGGCCUUGGGGAGGGUGCUGAGGAGAAGAGCAUACCCACCCUCAUUUCCCGGCUGCCCGUGGUCUCCUCAGUGGCCUGUGGGGCUUCUGUGGGUUAUGCUGUGUCCAAGGAUGGUCGUGUUUUUGCCUGGGGCAUGGGCACCAACUACCAGCUGGGCACCGGGCAGGAUGAAGAUGCCUGGAGUCCUGUGGAAAUGACUGGCAAACAGCUGGAGAACCGUGUGGUGUUAACUGUGUCCAGUGGGGGCCAGCACACGGUCUUACUAGUUAAGGACCAGGCACAGAGCUGAUGAAGUCUUUGUGGGCCUGGCUUCUGGCCCCAGCUCAGCUUCUCAGGACAGGAAAAGAGCCAGCUACAGAUUCCAACCCUGAACAGAUAGCAUCUCCUGUCUUUUCCCAUCACCACAGCAGAAUCCUUUUUCUUCUGUUUCGUCCGUCCUCUUUCUAGAACAUACUGGUACUUGUAGGAUGUGUGGGGAUGGGAGGAGGACCUCAGAAGGAUCUUUGCUUACUUUAUUAGACCUCCCCCCCUCCCCUUUGAUACCCUCCUUCCUGUGGUCCUAGCUGGCACUGGCUCAUUACCUACAAAACCCAAAACGGUAGCUUAAGACUACGUGCAACAUCCUGCCCCGGGGUUUUGCUGCCCAGACUCUGAAAAGUUGGGACUCUGUGAAGCCCUGCUUACCACGAGCCUCUUUCUGUUCCUAACAGUAGUUUACAAGGACACAGAUGGUUUGUAUUGUCAUCGGAUCCAGUUGUCAUGGACCCAUGCCUGGGGAGAUCUGGACAAAGGCUUUUCAAGGCUCUGAGUGAUCUAAGCCAAAUAUUUGACUCUAAACAGGUGUCCAUGGGCAAAAACACUGACCCACUUGAAAAAAACCAACUGUCCUCCCAAAGCACAAGGCAUCCCAGUAUCCCUUGGGUGUCACCUGUCCCUUCCCCAUCAGCCUUUCUGCCAUAGAGGACUGGAUAGCCAUGCUGGGCUCGGCUGGGCAGUCAAGGCAAGGCAGGGUAUUGGGAAAGGGGUGGGAGUUGUUUUAUAACGGUGCUGAGGGAGGAGUGGAGGGGCGGAGGCUGGUCCUAAGGAAAGUAACAGUGGCUGAGAAAAUAGUUUUGAAUUUUUUUUAAUUGUAUAAUAUUUUGGAGGGGAGAUUAAAAUCUUGUAACACUUUAAUAAACUUAGAGUUUUGUAAAUGGG